CUGAUGGCUUCAACUAACGGCUUGCGAAAGGAAAACGUUCCUAUUUCCAUUAUGAAGCUUCAUUUGCAGGGGUUAGAUGUUUCCGCAACAUAUGGUGUGCCAAGUUCCCGCGCAUCCUGGCCAUGGAUGAAGGCGUUCGAGGCGCGCCACAAUUCCUCUACGCGUGCCAGAACACACCAAAUGCAGCAGCCACCAGAAAAUCUCGCCAGGAUUGCAGCCGCCUUAAUAAGGACUUGGUUGCCAAAACCUCGGUAUAUGAAAAAUACCAACACCGGCCAAACUGCGACGACGUAUCAUUUUGUAGCAAUUUACUUAACUAAUACGUUUAUGAAUAGCUGUACUUUUGAGUAG